UUAAUAUACUAAUAUGGUAUUCUAUUUUAAUUGUUUCAUUUUAACAAAAGUGUGUCAAGAAGAACUCUUCAAUGAACUGUGCAAUUCGAUUGCUGCCAAAAAAAUUAAAACUCUCAAAGAGAUAAACAUUGCUUUCCUGCCAUAUGAAAGUCAGGUAUUUUCUUUAGACUCCCGAGAAACAUUUCAAUGUUACUAUAAUCCAUUACUAGUAAGCAGUCGUAUCCCAAAUAUGGAGCGUAUUGCAGAACAGAUUGCUACGGUUUGUGCUACAUUAGGAGAAUAUCCUUCAGUAAGAUAUAGAAGUGACUUUGAACGUAACGCUGAGUUGGCACAAAUUGUACAACAAAAGUUAGAUGCUUAUAAAGCUGAUGAGCCGACGAUGGGUGAAGGUCCAGAAAAAGUGCGUUCACAGUUAAUUAUAUUAGACAGAGGAUUCGACUGUGCAUCUCCGGUCUUGCAUGAGCUUACAUUUCAAGCUAUGGCUCAUGACCUUUUGCCAAUAGAAAAUGACGUUUUCAAGUAUGAAGCCAAUGCAGGAUCUCCUCUCAUUAAGGAAGUGUUAUUGGAUGAAAAUGAUGAACUUUGGAUGGAGCAUAGACAUCAGCAUAUUGCUGUGGUAUCCAAGAAAGUAACACAAAAAUUGAAGAACUUCUCAGAUUCUAAACGAAUGUCUGCAGCUGAUGAAGGCAAAUCUUCUAUGAGUGAUUUAUCUACUAUGAUUAAGAAAAUGCCUCAAUAUCAAAAAGAAUUGAGUAAAUAUUCAACUCAUUUGCAUCUGGCUGAAGAUUGCAUGAAACAUUAUCAAGGUUACGUGAACAAACUUUGUAAAGUGGAGCAGGAUCUUGCUAUGGGUACUGACACAGAAGGGGAGAAGAUUAAAGAUCAUAUGAGAUGCAUUGUACCUAUACUACUAGACCCGAGUGUGUCUAGUAACGACAAAAUAAGGAUAAUUAUAUUGUAUAUUUUGUCAAAGAAUGGAAUAUCAGAAGAUAACCUUAACAAAUUGAUACAACAUGCUCAACUUUCACCAAUUGACAAACAAACAAUUGUCAAUUUGAACUUUCUUGGUAUCAACUCUAUUGUUGACGGUAACAGAAAAAAACAGUAUCAAAUUCCACGUAAAGAGCGCACCUCUGAACAUACAUAUCAGAUGUCUCGUUGGACACCAUUGAUCAAAGAUUUGAUGGAAGACUGUAUUGAAGACAAAUUGGAUGCUAAACAUUUUCCCUUUCUCGCAGGGAGAGCAACAUCAUCCGGAUACCAUGCACCAUCUAGUGCACGGUAUGGCCACUGGCACAAAGACAGGGGAAAAAGCCAUCAACUUCUAAAAAAUGUGCCAAGAGUAAUAAUUUUUGUGAUUGGAGGAAUCAGUUUUUCUGAGAUGAGAUGUGCAUAUGAAGUAACUAGUAAUGUAAAAAACUGGGAGGUUAUUAUAGGCGCAUCUCACAUUCUUACACCAGAAGAUUUCAUCAACAAUUUAUCAGCUUUAAGUCAAUAAAGCUUGUCCAAUUCGUAGUUUUUAAGUAUUAAAUAUUAUUUUAAGUAUGCCCUUAAAAAGUUAAAAUCAAUUAUUUUGCGAUCAAAAUUUAAAUAUCAUACAUUACAAUA